AUGUCAUUUUCCAAGAUUUCUGCGCCAAAAGCCUUCGUCUUCGACGUUUUUGGAACAGUCGUCAAUUGGCGCCAGAGCCUGGCUCUUAGUUUGGAGGCUGCUGCCAGUUCAGCUAUUGGAGAACAACAAGUUUCAGACAAUGAAUCGGUGUUGAUUGAACGUGUCAAGAACAUGACGCACACUGACUGGGAGUGGUUCGCCUCGGAAUGGUAUUCCAGAUAUAUAAACUUUGCACAUUCUGCUCAACCGGGCGUGACUGAUUUCCUGUUGCAAGAAGAGGUUCAUAGACGAACUCUAAAGUUAAUGAUUUCAAAAUACAAGUUCGAGGGCCUUUGGAAUGCUCAGCAGCGCGAGGAUUUGGUCUUCCUGUGGCACAAGCUCGAGGCAUGGCCAGACUCGGCGUCAGCCAUUGCGAGGCUGGCCAAGCAUGGACCUGUCAUUACUCUCUCUGAUGGCUCAGUUCAGCUCCUCCAUUCACUCAACGACACGAACAGCUUGGGUUUCUCGGAGAUUUGGGGUUCCGAUACCUGGGCCGCAUACAAGCCAGAUCCGGCCGUAUAUGAGGGCGCCGUUGCAAAGCUCAACCUUCAACCGCAUGAGGUUGCGCUGGUCGCGGCGCACCUGGGUGACCUCUGGGCCGCCAAAAAGUGUGGCCUCAAGGCUUUCUAUGUGGAACGGCCGUUUGAGGAGAGGUACAGCCCGGACGAGAUAGAAAAGGCCAAGCUCGGUGGCUGGGUGGACAUGUGGGUGCCCUAUGGGAAUGGUGGACUGCACGGUGUGGCGGAUCGUCUUGAAUAA